AUGGGACGCUGCAGUCCUGCGAACCGUGUCGGCGAGCGAAGCAGCGCUGCGACCAUGAGCGGCCCUGCAUCGAGUCCUGGCUCUGGGUCAUUACAGGGUGGACGGUUGUAUGCUCCCUUGGAAAUGCCGUCGGCAUUACCGGGAUACAUGGGCUCUACGAGCUUCACGGCAGUGCUGGCCGAGCAUCGCAAUGAAAUUGCAUUUGAACAAGGCGAAAACGCCGAACCUCUUCCGGUGCUGGUGGUCGAACCGGAUCGGGUCCAGUCCGGAGCCGAGGUCCUGCUCUUCUUGCAUAACCUGAAGCUUCGUCGCCGUCUGAUCGAGAUAUUCUACAAUCGAUCCUGCAACGUGGUCGUGCCGAAGAUGGUCGUGGAUGCCAUGCUGGACUCGAUCGACGAGAUAUUCAGCGGGUUCAAUUCGAAUGACUUGAUUCCGCAAUUGCAGAAUCUGGCCACUCAGAUUUGUCAGAAUUCUUCCCGGGCGUUAACGACCCAUUCGACAAUUACCGCGGAGGAAUAUUGUGCUUCUUUCACGGGGCGCAAUUUCCGCUGGGAAGCUCUAGGGAAUAUCUUCAGUUUGUGCGGGCAGCAGGUGGUGGUCACGCCGGACAAUGAUCCUCUGGUCGCGGAGGGAGGUGAUCUCGGGGCCAAGGAACGGCUGUUGGAACAGUUGACGCUGGCGAGCACGAUUUGUCUGAAUUUCUGUGACCAGGCAUCCAUGGCAAACGAGAUACUAGCUUGUCUGCAAUACAACGAUGUGAUGCUGCGAACGCAGCUGUAUGGAGAUUCCAGUUACCAAGCAUGGCGUCGACUGGGCGACCUCACUGCUACCAUCUAUGCUGCGGGCUUGCACGUCGAUACCGAGAACUCAGACGACUAUCCAUUCUUCCUCAAGCAAUGGCGGCGGUGCUGCUUCACAUCCGCCUUCUACAUGGACAAAACCCUCGCCACGUUUCUCGGCCGCCCGCCUCUGCUGAAUUAUCGUUAUUGCACAUUGACUCCUCCACUGGACCUCAGUGAUGAAGACCUGGUUGCUGGUGGCGAGAAGCUCAACCAAGCAAUUUCGGAACUUGACAGCGCCGGCUGGAGUACAAGCGCGACACGAAACCGAAUGUCGAUGGGACGCAUUCGCUUUCAGCUAUCGGUCUAUCGGGACCAGACUUUGGAAAUUGCAUUGGGCUGUCGCCAGGGACAAGAUCUGGUUCGAAAGUGCAACGAUAUCCUCGAAGGUGUGCGCGCCGUGUGGGAAUCGACCCCUGAUCAUCUCCGCUAUGACCGAAACUCAGCAGAUAGCGUUGACCAUAAUGGGUGGCUGACCAUUCUCUAUCUUUACCUCAACUAUCUAUACACGUGCUUUCUCAUUCAGCGCGCUCUGAUCAAACACACUAAUACCGGCCAAGAGGCCCUGUGUGAUAUUUCGCGUCAGGUCUUGAGCAUGGUGAACAGCAUGACGACGAGACGCAGUGCGAUGGUGGACCUCGACCGGCACUAUUCGUGGAUUGCCCUGACAUAUGGAGUUCCUAGCUCCGGUGUACUUCUGCUAGAACUUUUACACCAAUCUCACCAACCCGGUCCACACAGCGUUGUGCUGCCUCGAGCCGAGCUGAUUCGAAAUCUGAGUGUCUUUGUCUCGAUGCUUUCCUGGGUGGCGCGCCCGGGCCAUGGCAACUACCGCACUUGCAAAGAGGCCGAGAAGAAUCUCUCGCGCAUCUUGGACCAAGUUCUUGACCCGCAGCCUGUUCACGCGGAAGCCAUGCACGACGUGACCACGGAGCUGUCCAGCUUCUUGAACUGGUCCAAUUACAACAGCUGGGAUUUCAACUCGGAAUACUUCCCUUGA